UCCUGGUUUCAUCGCUUCCGUUACAACUCAACGAGGAGGUCGUGGAAGACCUGCAGAACGCAAACUUGUCAUGGAAUAAUCUAACUGAACAUUUUUCUUGGAAUGAGAGUCCUCAGUCUUCUUUAUGUUGUGCUGCGUGCCAUUUGUUGGGCAAAUGCGGCCUCUCACUCUCUGAAGUACAUCUACACUGUUGUCAGUGGGGAUAAUGACUCCCCAGAGUUCAUCAUCAUGGGUUUUGUGAAUGAUGAGCAGUUUGUGCAGUAUGACAGCAACAUCAGGAGGAUGAUCCCCCAGACUGAGUGGAGGGAAAUAUCAGUGGACAAGCAGUACUGGGACAACCAGACUCAGAAAGCACUCUAUGCACAUCAGAUCUUCAAAGACAAUAUUGGAAUUGCAAUGCAGCAUUUCAGGUCAACUCAGGGUGUGCUCAUUCUCGAGUGGAUUGUUGGUUGUCGGUGGAAUGAUGAGACCGGGGACACAGGAGGGAUUGAACGUUAUGAAUACGACGGGAAAUACUUCCUCCCUGAUGACAUGAAAACCUGGAAUUUCAUUCCACCUGCACAACUGCUGUUUAUCAGUGCAGUGAAAUGGAAUCCAGCUGAGCUUGAGAAUGACAAGCAGUACCAGACCCAGAUCUGCAUUGAGUCACUGAAGACGUACGUGAGCUACAAGCGCAUGCUGGAGAGGACAGUUGCUCCUGAGGUCUCUCUGCUGCAGAAGGACUCCUCCUCUCCUGUUGUUACCUGUCAUGUGACCGGAUUCUACCCCCGUGGCAUCACGGUAACCUGGCAGAGAAACGGAGAGGACCUGGAUGUGGACGUAGAACAGGGGGCAACGGUGCCCAACGAGGACGGAACUUUCCAGACCACAUCUCACCUGAGAGUGAAGCCUGAGGACUGGAAGAGCCAGAAUUACACCUGUACUGUACAGCACAAGAGCCUGAAACAGGACAUCGUUCUGCCUGUCAGAGAGGAGAACAUCAAGAGGAACACAGAUAUCAAGAUCCUGACGGCAGGAAGGGCGUCAUCAUCGGCGUCAUCAUGUGUGCUGGCUGUUUUCAUCCUCGCCCUCGCUGUCAUCGCUAUCGUCAUUUAGAAGAAGAGAAACUCAGACUAUGAGACUACUAGAACCUGUGCCACUUGUUCAGCGAACCCAACCAACCUGCAGCCACUGACACUGGUUGUGUGAACUCCAACCGACCUGCAGCCACUGACACUGAUUCAGGGAACUCCACCCAACCUGCAGCCACUGACACUGAUUCAGGGAACUCCACCCAACCUGCAGCCACUGACACUGAUUCAGUGAACCCCAACCAACCUGCAGUCUCUACCUCACUGGCCUUUCCUGCUGCUCUUGGAGUUCUGGCUCCACAAGGAGUCCUAGCUACAAAGAAAUGAAUCAAAGUGCCUUAUAAACACAAAACUGGAUCUCAGAAAAGAAGAAAUUGAUGGCUU